AUGUCCCAAGAAUCUGAUCAGGAACAAGAAAAAGAAGAAAUAAAGUCAGUGGAAGAAGAACAAUGGCGUUGGUCGGAAAUGCAAGGACUUGAGCUUCACUCCUCCGACAAAUCUCUUAACCCAGAAACAGAGCUCCGACAAAACUCGCCGGAAAAAAUGGAAAACGGCGGUGGUGCUCCUCCGUCUUCUCCUCCUACUCCGACAAUAGUAGUAGAUGAGCCUAAAAAAGCAGAGAUACCAGGAGUUGCUUUUAAAGAGCUUUUCAGAUUCGCAGAUGGAUUAGAUUAUGUCUUGAUGGGAAUUGGCUCUGUUGGUGCUUUUGUCCAUGGAUGCUCUUUACCUCUGUUUCUACGAUUCUUCGCCGAUCUCGUUAAUUCCUUUGGUUCUAAUUCCGACAACGUUGAUAAAAUGAUGCAAGAAGUUCUCAAGUAUGCACUUUACUUUCUUGUGGUUGGUGCUGCAAUCUGGGCUUCUUCCUGGGCAGAGAUUUCGUGUUGGAUGUGGAGUGGAGAGAGACAAACAACGAAGAUGAGGAUAAAAUAUUUAGAAGCUGCUUUAAAUCAAGACAUUCAAUUCUUCGACACAGAGGUUAGAACUUCCGAUGUUGUCUUUGCUAUUAACACCGACGCAGUUAUGGUUCAAGACGCCAUUAGCGAGAAAUUGGGUAAUUUCAUUCAUUACAUGGCGACUUUUGUUUCUGGAUUUAUUGUCGGUUUCACGGCGGUUUGGCAAUUAGCGUUGGUAACUCUCGCGGUGGUUCCGUUAAUAGCUGUGAUCGGAGGAAUCCACACCACUACUCUCUCUAAGCUCUCUAACAAGAGUCAAGACUCUCUUUCACAAGCUGGUAAUAUCGUCGAACAGACAGUUGUACAAAUCAGGGUAGUAAUGGCGUUUGUUGGAGAAUCAAGAGCUUUACAAGCUUAUUCAUCAGCUUUAAAGAUUGCUCAAAAACUUGGUUACAAAACUGGUUUAGCUAAAGGAAUGGGACUUGGUGCUACUUACUUCGUUGUCUUUUGUUGCUAUGCUCUCUUGCUCUGGUACGGUGGCUACCUCGUUCGACACCAUUUGACCAACGGUGGUCUCGCCAUUGCGACAAUGUUCGCUGUAAUGAUCGGUGGAUUGGCAUUGGGACAAUCAGCACCGAGCAUGGCUGCAUUUGCUAAAGCAAAGGUUGCUGCUGCAAAGAUCUUUAGAAUCAUUGAUCAUAAGCCGACCAUAGAGCGUAACAGUGAGUCCGGUGUGGAGCUAGACUCGGUCACGGGUCUAGUUGAGCUCAAGAAUGUGGACUUUUCGUACCCGUCAAGGCCUGAUGUUAAGAUCCUUAACAAUUUCUGUCUCUCUGUUCCUGCCGGCAAAACGAUAGCUCUGGUCGGGAGCAGCGGUUCGGGAAAAAGCACAGUCGUUUCACUAAUCGAGAGGUUUUACGACCCGAUCUCAGGACAAAUUUUACUCGAUGGGCACGACCUGAAGACGCUGAAACUGAAAUGGUUAAGGCAACAGAUAGGACUUGUGAGCCAAGAACCGGCACUAUUUGCCACUUCUAUCAAAGAAAAUAUACUAUUAGGCCGUCCGGACGCUGAUCAAGUCGAAAUAGAGGAGGCUGCUCGAGUCGCAAAUGCUCAUUCCUUUAUCAUCAAACUACCCGAUGGAUUCGACACACAGGUAGGGGAGAGAGGAUUGCAGCUCUCAGGUGGGCAGAAGCAGAGAAUAGCGAUAGCAAGAGCCAUGUUGAAGAACCCGGCGAUACUGCUAUUAGAUGAGGCGACAAGUGCAUUGGAUUCUGAAUCAGAGAAGCUUGUGCAAGAAGCUUUGGAUCGUUUCAUGAUUGGAAGGACGACUCUUAUCAUCGCUCAUCGUCUUUCUACCAUUCGAAAAGCUGACCUUGUUGCUGUGCUUCAGCAAGGAAGUGUCUCUGAGAUUGGAACGCAUGAUGAGCUUUUCGCCAAGGGGGAAAAUGGAAUCUACGCUAAGCUUAUCAGAAUGCAAGAGGCAGCUCAUGAAACCGCCAUGAACAAUGCGAGAAAAAGUAGUGCUAGACCGUCGAGUGCUAGAAACUCAGUUAGCUCGCCAAUAAUAGCCCGGAAUUCAUCAUAUGGAAGAUCACCGUAUUCACGGAGACUCUCUGAUUUCUCAACUUCUGAUUUCAGCCUCUCCAUUGAAGCUACUUCCUACCCGAACUAUCGACAUGAGAAGCUGGCCUUUAAGGAUCAAGCCAAUUCGUUCUGGCGACUAGCUAAAAUGAACUCUCCGGAGUGGAAAUAUGCUCUUCUUGGUUCAGUAGGCUCUGUCGUUUGUGGCUCCCUCAGCGCGUUCUUCGCAUAUGUCCUCAGCGCAGUCCUAAGCAUCUACUACAACCCUAACCACGAAUACAUGAUCAAACAGAUUGAUAAGUACUGUUAUCUCUUGAUCGGUCUCUCUUCUGCAGCACUUGUUUUCAACACGCUCCAGCAUUCUUUCUGGGACAUCGUAGGUGAGAAUCUGACUAAGAGGGUCCGUGAGAAGAUGCUCAGCGCGGUACUCAAGAAUGAGAUGGCUUGGUUUGAUCAAGAGGAGAAUGAAAGUGCAAGAAUCGCAGCACGGUUAGCUCUUGAUGCCAAUAAUGUUAGAUCCGCCAUAGGAGAUAGAAUCUCGGUUAUUGUGCAGAACACAGCACUGAUGCUCGUUGCUUGCACUGCCGGGUUUGUUCUACAGUGGAGACUAGCACUCGUCCUCGUUGCAGUCUUCCCCGUAGUUGUUGCCGCAACUGUCUUACAGAAAAUGUUCAUGACUGGAUUCUCGGGAGACCUGGAAGCAGCGCAUGCCAAAGGAACACAGCUUGCUGGUGAGGCCAUAGCCAAUGUCAGGACAAUCGCGGCCUUCAAUUCGGAGGCAAAGAUUGUGCGUCUCUACACUGCAAACCUCGAACCACCAUUGAAACGCUGCUUUUGGAAAGGCCAGAUCGCGGGAAGUGGCUAUGGUGUAGCUCAGUUCUGUCUUUAUGCAUCUUACGCUCUCGGGCUAUGGUACGCGUCGUGGCUUGUGAAACACGGCAUAUCUGACUUCUCUAAAACCAUAAGAGUCUUCAUGGUUCUGAUGGUCUCGGCCAAUGGUGCAGCAGAGACACUCACACUGGCUCCUGAUUUCAUCAAAGGUGGUCAAGCAAUGCGAUCCGUUUUUGAACUUCUUGACCGGAAAACCGAGAUUGAACCUGACGAUCCCGAUACCACCCCAGUCCCAGACCAGUUACGCGGCGAAGUGGAGCUCAAACACAUUGAUUUCUCUUACCCUUCACGACCCGACAUCCAGAUAUUCCGUGACCUUAGCCUCCGUGCUAGAGCUGGCAAGACUCUGGCUCUUGUGGGUCCAAGCGGGUGUGGAAAGAGCUCGGUUAUCUCACUUAUCCAGAGAUUCUACGAACCAUCCUCAGGCCGUGUCAUGAUUGACGGGAAAGACAUAAGGAAAUACAAUCUGAAAUCAAUAAGGAAACACAUAGCCAUAGUCCCUCAAGAACCAUGCUUGUUCGGAACCACCAUUUACGAGAACAUCGCAUACGGACACGAAUGUGCGACCGAAGCAGAGAUCAUACAAGCCGCGACUCUAGCCAGCGCUCACAAAUUCAUAUCCGCAUUGCCUGAUGGUUACAAGACGUAUGUCGGUGAAAGAGGCGUUCAGCUCUCGGGAGGACAGAAACAGAGGAUCGCAAUCGCGCGUGCCCUUGUGAGGAAAGCAGAGAUAAUGCUACUCGACGAGGCCACAAGCGCUCUUGACGCAGAGUCCGAGAGGUCGGUCCAAGAAGCAUUGGACCAGGCUUGCUCGGGUAGAACAUCGAUCGUAGUGGCUCAUAGGCUAUCUACAAUCAGAAACGCGCACGUGAUCGCGGUGAUCGAUGAUGGAAAAGUCGCGGAACAAGGAUCGCAUUCACAUCUUCUCAAGAACCAUCCUGAUGGAAUCUACGCGCGGAUGAUACAGUUGCAAAGAUUUACGAAUACUCAGGUGAUCGGUAUGACAUCAGGUUCGAGUUCUAGGGUUAAAGAAGAUGAUGCUUAG